GAACAAAAGGUGUUGUUUUUCUGUACACAGGAGGAUCCCUUCCCAUUUCAGCUUGGCCUGGGCUAUGCUACGUUCUUGGUGUCUUCUUCCUUAGUAUUUGCAAAUGAAAAUGGAGGAAAUGACUCUGUCUGGCCUGGAUAACACCAAGUUGGAGGCUGUGGCUCAUGAUAUAUAUACUGACUUGGUUGAAGACGCCUGCCUCGGUUUGUGCUUCGAGGUACAUCGGGCAGUCAAGUGUGGCUACUUCUUUCUGGACGAGACAGACCCUGACAGCAUGAAGGACUUUGAAAUUGUGGACCAGCCAGGGCUGGACAUCUUCGGCCAGGUGUACAACCAGUGGAAGAACAAGGAAUGCGUUUGCCCAAACUGCAGCCGAAGCAUCGCUGCCUCGCGCUUCGCCCCACACUUGGAGAAGUGCCUCGGUAUGGGCCGGAACAGCAGCCGCAUUGCCAAUCGCAGGAUAGCCAGUAGCAACAACAUGAACAAAUCGGAGAGUGACCAGGAGGACAACGACGACAUCAAUGAUAACGACUGGUCCUAUGGAUCUGAGAAGAAAGCCAAGAAGAGAAAAUCUGAUAAGAAUCCCAACUCGCCCCGAAGAUCCAAGUCUAUGAAACAUAAAAAUGGGGAGCUGAGUGGGAACUUGGACCCGUUUAAGUACAACAACUCUGCUGGAGUGAACUAUGAAACCCUGGGCCCCGAGGAGCUGCGCUUGUUGCUCACCACAGAAUGUGGGGUGAUCUCUGAACACACCAAGAAGAUGUGCACACGGUCUCUGCGCUGCCCCCAACACACGGAUGAACAACGGAGGUCAGUCAGGGUCUACCUCCUGGGACCUUCUGCCUCACUUCCUGAGCCGGAAGGAAGUAUGGAGAACGACAGUUUUGACGUGGCCGAGAGUCAAGCCCUCAUGAACCGGCUGCAGUGGGAUGGAUCUUCGGACAUCUCGCCCUCCGACUCCGCCUCAUCGAAAGCGAGUACAAACAACUCAGAGUCCCGAAAAACCAAAAAGAAGAAGCCUCACAUGAGCCUAGUGGGUGGUGCUCCCGGAAUGAGCUCCAGUAAGAAGAAGCUGAAGCCCAAACCGCUCGCACCUCCGACCCCCAGCCUCUACGACGACAUCAACUGAACGACUUGA